GGUCCCGUAUACUAUGACCAAGUUCGUCGUCUACGAGAAAGUGGCCGAGUUUGCCUACAGCAACUUCUUCAAGAAAGAAAAGACUAGUGACGCUAUGCAAACCGCCAUCAACCUUGGUUCCGGUCUGAUUGCCGGUUUCGCCGCUGCUAUCGUCUCCCAACCUGCCGACACCAUGCUUUCGAAGAUCAACAAGACUAAGGGUCUCCCAGGCGAGGGCACGGCUAGCAGACUCAUCAAGAUCACCCAGGAGCUUGGCAUUCGUGGAUCUUUCAGCGGUAUCGGUGCUCGCCUGUUCAUGGUCGGGGCUCUGACGGCCGGCCAGUUUGCCAUCUAUGAUAAGUAUUCAAGGGUCGAAUCCAUACUCCCUGAUAAAGGGAUAAAGGCUUACACAUCAAUCUCUGGUAGGUGACCUCAAGAAGGCCAUGGGAGCUG